AGCCCAGCCCAGCCUUGCCCAGCACAACCCAGAAUGUCCGACGCCCGCAACUCGUCCAACAACCUCCGCGGGGGGGGUGCCCGGCAAACCGGGGGCUCCGGCCGCACCAGCAAGUACGCCCAGGGGAACCACAAGACGGAGCUCCUGGGCCAGGCCGGCCUCGCGGCCCACCAGGACCGAUCGGAGGCCAAGCGCAAGCUCCAGCUCCAGCUCACCUCCAAGCAGCUGGCGGCGGACGUCCGCAAGAUGCUCCUGGAGUACCACACCGAGGAGGAAUACAGGGACAUGGAGAUCCCCCUCCCGUCGACCGAGGACGCCAAGAAGAAGCUCCAGGCCAUGAAGGAAUUCACCCAGAAGUGGUACGACCGGGAGUUUCGGGAGGAGUGGCUCCAGACCGUCACGGAGGUCUGGCUGGAGGAGCUCAAGGAAAAGUACGAGGAGGCGGUCCGGGCCGCCAUGGCGGCACGGAACCCACCGAGGGAGCAGCAGCAGCAGCAGCAAGAGGGCGAGGCCAUGUCGAUCGAGGAGCUCCAGGAGCACAUUGCCGGCCUCCCGGCCGACACCCCCCCGGAGGAACGCCAACGCCUCAAGAAGAAGCUCAAGCGCAAGAAACAGCGGGCCAAGGAGAAAGAAAAGGCCAGGGCCGCGCCUCCCGCCGCCGGAAACUAGCGGCCGUGCCGAAACGGGGGGCGGCCGGCCGGAGGGUGGCGCACCCCCCCCCACCCGAAUGCGACGAAAACCGAGGGAGGGAAGGACCCCCGCAGUCCAGCGAGGUGGCCGGGUUCGGUUCGCGACGAUCCCCGCACGCACCGCGGUUCUUCUGCCACGCCCUUUCRAGGAAACAAACAAACAAACAAACAACAG